AUGCUCCCGAUCGUUCUUGUCGCCCUCGUUGGAGCAACUUUGGCUAUCGAUGAUCAAUCGAAAUUCGCCGCCGACAUGCCAGGCCCAAUGGGAUUCAAUCCAUCACUUGGUGGAGGAUCCCUUCCUGGACCCGGUGGAAACUUCGGUGGACCCCAACAAGACCAAUUCGGCGGAAAUGGACCAGUUGGACCAAUUGGCGGAGGAAUGGGUGCUGUUCUCUUUGCCGUUCUUCUUGCCAUUGCCAGUGCCGCUCCACAAAGGACAAUCAUCCAGAAGACGAUAAUCACAAGACCCGGCUUUGGAAAUGGAUUUGGUCAAAGCCGCAAUCAAUUCGGUCAACCGGGUUUCAAUCAAGGUUUUGGACCCGGUGGAUUUGGAAAUGGAUUCAACCGAGGUGGCGGUUUCAAUCGAGGUCCAACCAUCAUCAAAGAGACGAUCUUCCGACCCGGCAAA